AUGGGAGACAAACAAGCCCGCCGAACAGGAACCCCACCGACAGCGCACCGCAGGCACGCAGGGGCCCGAGCAGCCCGGACAGAAACAACACCGGAAGGCCGAUAUGGACGAACCGACAGCACCAACCGAGCCCCCAGGCGGAUUUCCCCACCCAAAAACACAACGAAACCACUCCGCUCCCACCGAUCACAGCAAACACAGCCGCAAGGCAAAACAAAGGAUAGAGCAGCCCUGCCCGGCGCGCGCCAGAGAGCCAGAGCAGCAAAGCCGCCCCAGCCGCCAGAAGCCAGCACAAGCAGCAAAAAGAAAGCAGCAGACGCGACCCCGCCGCUCCCGUCGCACCCGGCGAGAAAGCAGCACGACCCACCCCGCUCCGGCCCCGCACCGCCGCCAAACACCAAGCAACCCUCCACUCCCAAACCGACCCCGCGCACGAUGCACAGCACCGCGCACCACCGGCACCCAUCCCAACAAAGCGAAGCCACACCCUCAACCCGGGGGGCAUCCCGAAGGGAUGCCCCGAACCAGCCCACAACAGACACACAUGAACCCCGGCCGCAGGCGCGACCACCCAUGUACCCCCCCGGACGACGCAACCACGCCAAGCGCCACGGCCAACCACUGAAACCCGGGACCAAAAGACGAGGCACGCCCCGACGCCCCGCAGAGCAGAAGCACCCCGGCCAGCACCACAAAAGAAGCUCUCCUUACCCCCGAACAAAGGAGGCCCCGAUCGCUGUUCGCUAA